CUGGAGCACAGACAGGCUGAGCACACACGGAGCGGCGCCAUGCACUACCCUCAGACCGUCAGCUAGCCAGCUGAAAUGCCUCCUGAAGACCACGGCUCAGCUCGAAAUGCUCGUCCCAGGGCCCACGUUGGUGUUUUAUUUCACAGAUACUAGAUGUGAAGAGGGAGUAAGUGUGAUAAAAUGGCGGGGUUUUGAGUCUUACUUUUCCGUCUCGCUCGGUGUAGCGUGGCAGAGGCAGUGGAUCGUUUCCAAAGUUGUCGGUUAGCAGGGCGCGUGUGAGGGAUCCGAAUUAAAGGCGCAGUGCACCGUUUGUAGCCGCAAACAUGGAGAAGCAGCAGAGCGAUUUGGACCGAGAGCGACAGUACUGUGAACUUUGUGGGAAAAUGGAGAACCUCCUCAAGUGUGGUAGGUGCCGGAGCUCCUUCUACUGCAGCAAGGAGCACCAGAAACAGCACUGGAAGAAACACAAGCUAAUUUGUAAGGAGACUGACAAGACGCAGCCUCCCAAAGAGAUGCCCGAGGAGCAGCCUGCGCCGUCGGGGGACGACGAGGUGCCGGAGAAAAGUGCAUCUUUACCACAAACCACAAACACAGAAGCACCCGAGGACAAUGACGGACCGGUAGAGGACGGGUCCAACAACACCGCCACACCUAACGGACAAACUAGCUCAUCCCCACAGAAACUUGCCCUGGAGUACAUAGUCCCGUGCAUGAACAAGCAUGGUAUCUGUGUGGUGGACAACUUUUUAGGAGCAGAAACUGGGCAAGGCAUUUUGGAUAAUGUCAAAGCCCUGCAUAACACGGGCAAAUUCACAGACGGACAGCUGGUUAGUCAAAAAAGCGACUCCACUAAAGACAUCCGAGGGGACAAAAUCACGUGGAUAGAGGGCAGGGAGCCCGGCAGCGAGAAGAUCCGCUUUCUAAUGAGUCGCAUGGACGACCUGAUCAGACAUUGUAACGGCAAACUGGGAAACUACACAAUAAAUGGAAGAACAAAAGCAAUGGUGGCAUGUUACCCUGGAAAUGGGACAGGAUACGUGCGCCAUGUGGAUAACCCUAAUGGCGAUGGGCGGUGUGUCACGUGCAUAUAUUACCUUAAUAAAGAUUGGACUGCCAAGGAACACGGAGGCCUUCUUCGAAUCUUCCCAGAAGGAAAGGCCCAGUUUGCCGACAUAGAGCCCAAAUUUGACCGUUUGCUGCUGUUCUGGUCGGACAGACGAAACCCUCACGAGGUUCAGCCCGCCUACGCCACCAGGUAUGCCAUCACAGUGUGGUAUUUUGACGCAGACGAGCGAGCCCGAGCUAAAGAAAAGUACUUAACGGGUGCAGGAGAAAAAGGAGUAAAGGUUGAACUUGGCAAACCAUCAGACCCCAGCUAGUGGAAAGCCUGCGUCCCCAACAAACAGCCA